AUGGCCUCAAAUACACCUGUUGACCAUGUUCAGGCACUUCAAGCGCCGACAACACCCUCCGCCCCAUUCCCUUCACCGUCGCCCAACCCGGCCCAUGAUCCCACUCAUGAAGAGCAUCAAUACCUUAAUCUUAUCCGCACCAUACUCGCAACAGGCGAACACAGACCCGACCGUACAGGAACAGGUACAUGUGCCAUCUUCGCUCCUCCACAGCUUCGAUUCUCCCUCUCCAAACCCGGUCCUACGCCGUCAUCCACUCCAAUCCCUAUUCUACCUCUCCUCACCACCAAACGCGUCUUCCUUCGCGCCGUAAUCCUAGAAUUGCUCUGGUUCAUCUCGGGCUGCACUUCUUCGCUUACUCUUAGUGAAGCAGGCGUAAAAAUCUGGGAUGGAAAUGGGAGUCGAGAGUUCCUUGACUCCGUUGGUCUCUCGCAUCGUGAAGUUGGUGACUUGGGCCCUGUAUACGGGUUUCAAUGGCGCCAUUUUGGUGCAGAGUACGUGGAUGCGAAGGCAGAUUAUAGCGGCAAGGGGGUGGACCAGAUUGCAGAGGUGGUUCGAAAAUUGAAGGAGAAUCCGUACGACCGACGGAUUAUUCUGAGUGCAUGGAACCCGGCGGAUCUGAAGAAGAUGGCGCUGCCGCCGUGUCAUAUGUUCGCGCAGUUUUAUGUAUCUUUCUGCAACGCAGCAUUGCCGGAGAUGGAGAAUGGAACGAAUGAAGAUGCGGAUAAAAAGCAAAAAGGCACCUUGAAUUGUCUUCUCUACCAACGAUCGUGCGAUAUGGGCCUUGGGGUACCGUUUAACAUCGCCUCAUACGCUCUCCUUACACAUAUGCUUGCUCACGCCGCCGACUUAUAUCCUGGUACCCUGAUUCAUACUAUGGGCGACGCGCAUGUGUACCUGGACCAUAUCGCAGCCUUGCAGGAGCAGUUGACACGGGAACCUACAACGUUCCCGGAGCUGAGGAUCAAUCGAACGGAUCGCGGCAGUGGGGAUAUGGACGGAUGGGCAGAGGGCGAUUUUGAGGUAAUUGGGUACAAGCCGCAUAAGAUGAUUAAAAUGAAGAUGAGCGUGUAA